AUGAUCAUUGUAUACUAUGAUAGCUACGUGCAAAUCUUCUUUGAGGAGCUUGUCAAAUUCGUCUCGGCUUCGCGAAACAUGAUGCGUAAAGCUAAGAUGGCUGCCAAGGUCGCACAGAUCAAGCGCAUGGCCGAGCUGGAAAUGCCGGAUGAUGAGGAGGAGGAAGAGGAGGCCAACGGCUCAACUGUUAUCGCUGCUGCAUUGAAGCCUGACGGUCCUCUGGAGGCUGGCAAGAAAGAUGGUGAAUCUGAAGAACUACCCGCGCUUCAGUAUGUAAGCACGCGGCAGAUGCGAAAUGUGUCGAGAUCUACGGCUGGACUCUAUGCUGCUGGCCGCCCGAUGUUCACUCGUGCAGGCAUGGCUUCAUAUGGUGGUCGACAUGGCUACGGUGCUGGUGGCAUGGUUGACCAGCCGCCCGAUGUCUAUGAUGAGCUAGACAAAGGUCUCGAGUACGUGCAGUCCAUGUGCGAGCAUGCUGCUCACCAAUUUCUCCGAGAUGGCGACUGCGGCGAAGAGGUUGAAAAUAUUAAGAGACGGCUAUCGGAAACCAAGGAUCUCGCAGACAAGGAAAUGAAGCGCGUGCAAAGCGAUCCGGAAGCCGCCAAGGCUCUCGAGGAACCACCCAAGACUCGCAGCUUCCGUCCGCAAUCGAUGAGAAGGGAGAUGGGUAGUCCCACGGCAAAAGAAGUCAGCAAUGAACUGGAAGUCGAUGAAGGCAUCGAUGACAUGGAACAGCCAGAGCUUCCGAAGCUGGUGUACAAGUCCACCAGGUCGAUGGGCCGACCCCGAGGACCGGCAGCUAAAUGA